ACACACACAAACACACACGCCUCUCCGUUCACUUCUCUCUCUCUCUUUCUCUCUCUCACUCUCCCUCUCACACACACACACUCUCCUCUCCGUUCACUUCUCCUCCCUCUCUCACUCCUCUGUCCUGUUCUCCGGUAGGAGGAGCGCCGGGGGAGCGGAAAGAAAAGAAACGGGUUUAAAACCGAGUGAGGGGAAAAGCACUAAUGAACAGGACAGUGGGAACCCCAUGGACACACUGACUGCACUCUGCCUUCCACCAGCCACUCCUUAACGGAUCUACAUGAAGGCGAUAUCCUGAAGUUUUGGUUUGUUUUCUCAGCCAUGGCUGCUUUCAGAACAGUCUUCAGACUGUGUGGGUUUUACCGCAGUCUUCCACAGAGCUGUUCUGCGUUUAAAACAAGCGCUAAUCCGCUGCAAACGCUCAGCCAGUGGAGUCUUCCAGUCGCCUGCUGUAGCACUGUAGCACCAUCUAGUGAUCUUUCAGUGCAGUACAAACAUGGUCGCCCAGUACUGGCUCUGCCUCUGCCUUCCAGACAGGAGAAAUGUCUAUUCUACCUGAAACCCAUGCUCUCAACCGUCAAUGACUUUAUUCAUGACAUCCAGAGAGAGGAUCCAGGAGUCUUAACAGCUUCUGUACUCACCACAGAUGGUGUGAGGAUUGCCUCCGCUACAUCUCUGGACACUCUACUCAACAAGGGCUUCCAGCUGUGUAUCAAUGGAGUCGUCUACAAUGUCCAAGCAGCAUCAACAGAAACAGUGCCAAGUGAGGCUGUGAAGAGUGUGGCAGACAUAAAGGACAUGGUGCACAUGUUACACACAGCGCUGAACCUGCCUGAGCAUCACCUAGUGAAGGAAAGGCAGCUACGGGAGAAACUGGACAUUCUGAAACAAGAACUCCUUCCUCUGGAGCAGAUGAAGGUUCAUCUUGACGUGAGAGCUGAGCACAAGGCUUCACGUGCUCUCUGGGUGGGCUUGGCUCUGCUGUCGGUGCAGGGUGGAGCUCUGGGCUGGCUCACGUGGUGGGUUUACUCCUGGGACAUCAUGGAGCCUGUCACCUAUUUCAUCACCUACUCCACCAGCAUGGGGGUCUACGCCUACUACGUUCUCACCAAGCAGGACUACGUUUACCCAGAUGCAAAAGACAGGCAGUUCCUGCAUUACUUCUACAAAGGCGUCAGAAAACAGAAGUUCAACGUGGAGAAAUAUAACACGCUCAAAGACGAGCUGGCUUCGGUAGAGGACGACUUGAGACGUUUGAGGAACCCAAAUCAACUCCAACUGCCUGUGGAACAAAUCAAGCCCAACAGUCAUGCUGCAGUUCCCUAAACAUUAUACCCUUAUAAUGAUGUUAUUUAUAAUACUGUUUACAGAUAUUAUUUCAUGGCCUACUUUUAGAAAACAUCAUAUUUGGAAUAUUAUAUGCAUUAUUUGGAACAACCAGCUAUUGAAAUAAAGCACUUAUACUGGA